AUGUACAGCAAAGAAGGCCUGGGUACAGAUUCCCAGAGAGAACCACUCCCUCAUUUGUCUGGCAAUGUCCUUGGUAUCGAGGUAGACGUUAUCUGGUAUUGGUGUACUCAGAAGCUCAUGAGCCUGUUCGGCGGACAUGGAACGAGGUCGGGAAGAUGUCGAGGGUGGGGACGCAACUGGGGAGAAAGUGGCAAAAUGAUUCCAACCACUGCUCUCUGUUUCCAACAAAUUAUCGAUGAGUCGGCCUACAUUCUUACGGAAUUGACCAAUGUCAGACACCCGGGGAAUACGGAUUGUUAUGGAGUUCUCAAAAGGAAGGAAGUCCCGAUUUCAUGCUUCGAACGGGAUCUUUACUAA